GCCUAGAGAGAGAGAGAGAGAGAAAUGGGGAGAGGGAGAAGCUCGUCGUCGUCGUCGAUAGAGAGUAGCAGCAAGAGCAACCCAUUCUGGAUGAGCCGGAACCUGAGUACGGACCUGAGACUCGGACUGAGUUUCGGGUCGUCGACGGCGAUGAAGUACGAGGAGGAGGAGGAAGAAGAAGAGGCGGUGGAGAUGGAGGAGGAGGAAGAGAGAGAGUGUAGCAGCGUUGGGAGCUUAUACGUGAAGGUGAACAUGGAGGGUGUUCCCAUCGGAAGAAAGAUCGAUCUCUUCGCUCUCGCUGGUUAUCACCACCUUAUCACUACUCUCGAUCUCAUGUUCGACACCUCCAUCCUCUGGGCGGAAGAGGAAGAGACAUGCAGCGAGAAGACACACGUGCUAACGUACGCCGACAAGGAAGGCGACUGGAUGAUGGUUGGCGAUGUCCCUUGGGAGAUGUUCUUGUCAAGUGUGAGAAGAUUGAAGAUCACGAGGGCUUACCACUAUUGACUUCUACGUGCAAGUGGAAGAACUCUUUUACGUUUUGUGGGUUCAUUUUUUUUUUUUGGGAAAUAUAAGUAAUGUACAAUGGAAUCUUAGGUAGGAGGAUGAACAAAUACAUUUGACCCACUCUGUAAAAAAAAAAAAA